CAUUACCAUUCAUUCAAAAACUUAUCUUGGUUUCUGAGAAAGAAAUGGUGAUAAUUCAAGGUCAGCGUUAUUCCUUAUGUGGUGCGAUUACCAUAUAUUUCUUCUGUUUUCUUCACCCCUUGUCAAACAGUUUUGCUUCUCCUACACGGUCCAUGUGCCGCCCCGACCAAAGAGAUAUUCUUUUGGAGUUCAAAUCAGAGUUUCCCAAAGAAGAGUUCUCCGAGUUCCCUAAGUUCUCAGCAAGUUUAUGGGACGAAAACGGUGAUUGUUGUUCUUGGGAUGGCGUCACAUGCGAUGGUACGUUUGGCAAGGUGAUAUCUCUACAACUCAUGUCUUAUAGUGGCAACAACUCUUUGAAAUUUAACAGUGCUCUUUUCAAACUCCAAAAUCUUCGUCAGCUAAGGCUUUCAAAUUGCUAUCUUUAUGGGGAGAUUUCUUCUUCAUUUGGGAACCUUUCUCGCCUCACAUAUCUUGACCUUAGCCAAAAUCAAUUAGUUGGUGAGUUUCCGAUUUCAAUUGGAAACCUAAACCAACUAACCUACCUGAGCCUUAGCGAAAACAAUCUUCAUGGCAAUAUUCCAAUUUCACUUGCCAAUUUGACGAAGUUGUCUCAGUUAGACCUCUCAGAAAAUCAGUUUACUGGUGGCAUUUCCCAUCUUAAACUUUCAAAUUUAACCAGCCUGAUCCUUCUAAACCUUUUCUCUAAUAACUUUCAGUCCACUCUUCCACGUGACUUGAGUCGACUCUGCUACUUGGAGUACAUUUCGGUGGGUGAUAACUCAUUUGUUGGGUCUUUCCCUACAUUUUUGUUCAUGAUCUCUUCAUUACGAAUGGUUAGUUUGGGUGGAAACAAAUUCAGUGGACAUAUCGAGCUCGGGAAUACAUCUUCUUCGUCCAACCUUGAUUCUUUGUUUCUUGGUGAUAACGAAUUUGUUGGGAAAAUUCCCCAAUCUCUAUCAAGAUUUUCUCAUCUCAGAGAAUUACAUCUUACCAACAACAAUAUCAGUGGCCCAAUCCCACAAUCUAUACCUGAACGUCUCCGGCAUUUGGAUCUUAGCUACAACAACUUCAUGGGGCCAAUACCCGAAUAUAUAUCCGAAUUUCUAAGUGUUAGCUAUCUGGAUCUUAGCCACAACCAUUUCAUUGGAUCAGUUCCCAAAUCUUUGUCCAAGUUAAAUCUCUUUUAUCUUGGUCUUUCAAACAAUAAAUUAGAAGGCGAAGUACCAGGAUUUUUUGUCAUGUGGGAGGUAGUUCUUGCUCAGAAUGCAUUCAGCAGCUUUGGGAAAUCAUGGGAAGCUCUUAAUGAUUCGGAAGUGUCGGUGUUGGAUCUUAAUUCUAAUUCAAUUGGAGGACCAUUUCCUGAUUGGAUCUGCAAACUAAGAUCGUUACGGAUCUUAAACUUGUCAAAUAAUCUCUUUGUCGGCUCAAUACCUCAAUGUUUAAGGAACUCCAUUGGCUAUCUUAGAGUGUUAAUUCUACAUCACAAUUGUUUCAACGGAAUUAUUCCAGAUAUAUUUUCCAAUGCGACCAUGUUGAAAACAGUUGAUGUCAGCCACAACCAGCUGGAGGGAAAACUCCCAAGAUCCAUGAUCAAGUGUCAAGCUAUGCAAUUUCUGAAUUUGAAUGGCAACAAAAUCAAGGACAUAUUUCCAUCUUGGUUGGGAUAUAUGUCGUCAUUACAUGUCCUCAUCCUGCGAUCUAACCAGUUUCAUGGGACGUUGUAUCAGCCCCAGGUAUCUACUGAGUUUCAAAGUGCCAGAGUCAUCGAUAUAUCACAGAAUUACUUCACUGGAACUUUACCGCCUUCAUAUUUUUCCAACUGGCGUGAUAUGAGCACAUCAUCCAUAGAAGAUGACACGCUUUACGUCCACAUGGACGAGUACAUGGCCGAUGACGAGUAUUGGCCUAGCUAUGGGGAAAAAUAUCAUAAUUCGAUGGAGAUGGUGAAUAAAGGAGUAGAGAUGGAGUUUGGGCGGAUCCGGAAAGAUUACAAAGCCAUUGAUUUUUCUGGAAAUAGAUUAUAUGGAAGCAUUCCUGAAUCAAUCGGCUUGUUGAAAGGAUUGCGUCUUCUGAAUUUGUCAGGUAAUGCAUUCACAAGCAACAUCCCCCAAUCCUUGGCAAAUCUAACGGUGCUUGAAACACUAGACGUGUCGCGAAACAAGCUGUCUGGUCAUAUUCCUCUUGAACUUGGCAAUAUCUCUUCUCUUUCUAACAUGAACUUCUCUCAUAACUUUCUCGAAGGCUCUGUGCCAAGGGGCACGCAGUUUCAAAGCCAAAAAUGUUCUUCAUUCAUGGACAACCCCAAACUCGAUGGUCUUCAGGAAAUAUGUGGAGAAACUCAUUCUCCUAAUCCUACAACACCACAAGAUUCCGAGGAUCUAACAGAGCAAGAAGAACCAGUGUUCAACUGGAUAGCAGCUGCGAUAGCCUAUGGACCUGGAAUCUUCUGCGGAUUAGUGAUUGGACAUAUUUGGUUCAUGGAGAAGGUCCGCCAAAACAAACCUCGAGUGCUCACCAUAAAUACUCGUUAACCUCAUCUUGUACGUUUCUCCAAGUCUUUGUGAACCAUAUACUAUCUCCAACAUGUAUUGUUUAUGUUUCUUCUAUUUUAUACUCUAAAAAUCAUGUGUGUUUGUUUCUGAUAUUGUGUUUUUAUUGCUUUGUUAUAAAUACAUUUGCUCGUUUUGUAUUACAUAGAAAUACUAGAAAACUCUAACGUUUAAGAGAAAUAUUAUUUUUACUUCUUGUUUA